AAUGAAACCGCCCUAUAAACAUAAAUUUCAUUGUAUAAUUUUUUCCAAAAGGGAGUGUUACUCUCUUUCUAUAAAUUCUGUCUUCCUACUUCAUUUGUACUUCAUCCCACAUAGUGUCAAUUCCUCCGAUUACACGUUCCUCACUCCCAUGUUUUUCUUUGAGGUCUUAUAACUCCAUCACCAAAACCAAAAUUUCUCUAUUUCUUUCUCUUUCUUUCCUAGAAAAUGGCUCCUAUCUCAAAUGGACCAGAUCUUGUAGAAUAUGAAGAUGCAAAUAUGGAAAACCAGGUACCCCUCGUAUCAUCCUACAACGAUCGUAUUCGUCCACUUCUUGAUGCAGUUGAUAAGCUUAGGCACCUCAAGGUCAUGAAUGAAGGUAUACAGCUCCCCACCAUCGUUGUUGUUGGGGAUCAAUCUUCCGGCAAAUCAAGCGUUCUUGAAUCAUUAGCCGGUAUCAACCUUCCCCGUGGCCGGGGCAUUUGCACCAGAGUGCCCCUUGUAAUGAGGCUGCAACACCAGCCAACUCCCACACCAGAGGUUUUCUUGGAGUUUAAUGGCAAAACAGUAUACACUGAUGAAGCCCGCGCUGCAGAUGCUAUUAGUCUUGCCACUGAUGAGAUUGCAGGCGAUGGAAAGGGCAUAUCAAACACUCCAUUAACUUUGGUUGUGAAAAAGAAAGGUAUUCCUGAUCUUACAAUGAUUGAUCUCCCUGGAAUCACUAGAGUUCCUGUUCAUGGUCAGCCCGAGGAUAUUUACGAGCAGAUAACAGGUAUUAUCACGGAGUAUAUAAGGCCUGAAGAGAGUAUCAUUCUAAAUGUUUUAUCUGCAACAGUGGAUUUUCCCACUUGUGAAUCCAUUAGGAUGUCACGACAAGUGGACAAGACUGGUGAGAGAACUCUUGCUGUGGUCACCAAGUCCGAUAAGGCACCUGAAGGGCUGCUUGAGAAGGUUGCUGCAGAUGAUGUGAAUAUAGGCCUGGGUUAUGUUUGUGUGAAGAAUCGAAUUGGUGAUGAAUCUUUUGAGGAUGCGCGAAAGGAAGAAGCUCAAUUGUUCAAAAAACAUCCACUUCUCUCCAGGAUUGAUAAAUCUAUGGUGGGCAUUCCAUUUCUGGCUCAAAAACUGACUCAAAUUCAAGCAACUAUCAUAGCCAAGUGCUUGCCAGAUAUAGCGAGAAACAUUAAUGAAAAGCUGAACGCAAGCAUUUCAGAGCUGAAUAAGAUGCCUAGGACCCCUUCCUCACCUGCUGAAGCCAUGACAGCUUUCAUGGGCAUUGUUGGAUCGGCCAAGGAGUCUCUCAGGAAAAUCCUUAUCAGAGGAGAGUUUGAUGAGUACCUUAAUGAUCAUCAAAUGCAUUGUACAGCUAGAUUGGUUGAAAUGCUCAACCUUUACUCGAAUGAACUUCAUAAGUGCUCUGAAAGUGACCCUACAAGAAACUUCCUAGUGGAGGAGAUUCGUCUUCUCGAGGAAUCCAAAGGGAUUAAACUGCCAAAUUUCCUUCCUCACAGUGCCCUCCUGAGUAUUCUGCAGAAAAAAGUUGAUGGGAUAUCAAGAAUGCAUAUCGAUUUCGUUGAAAAAAUAUGGGAUUAUAUUGAAAGUGUUGUAUUGUCUGUUUUGAUGCAUCACUCUGAGAAUUACCACCAGCUUCAGUCAUCUACCAGACGAGCAGGCCAAAAUCUUAUAUCAAAAAUGAAAGAGCAGUCUAUCGGUUGGGUUACAGAAAUCAUUCAAAUGGAGAAGAUGACAGAUUACACUUGCAAUCCAAACUACAUGAGUGAAUGGAGCAAGCUCAUGAACCAACAGGAUACAUUCAGGGGUAAAAUCCUAAUACAAGGGCAUUCUAAGGCAAAGAUUGACGGUAUUGGAGAGGUUGAAGCUGGGCAUAUCAAAGCACAUCAGGAUGUUCUGCAUCAGGCUUUUGACCUGAAGAUGAGAAUGACUGCUUACUGGAAGAUUGUAUUGAGCAGAUUGGUUGAUUCUAUGGCUCUGCAUUUGCAGUUCUGUGUUCAAAAUCUUGUAAACAAAGAGAUGGAAAAGGAGAUCAUUAGCGAGUUGAUGAGUAAUCAAGGAGGUGUAAUAGAAAGAAUGAUGGAGGAAUCGCCCUCAAUUGCUGCUAAACGUGAGAAGCUGAACAAGAGCAUCAAGUUGCUUGGAGAGUCCAAGAAGGUCUUAGGAAAUAUCAUGGACAAAAUUGCUACAUAUAGUGAUUAGAGUAGGGUCACUCUUUAUCCUUCUUUUGUGUGUUCUUAGUUUAUUAGUAUUUAAAAGUGUUUGUAUUUUGUUUUAGGGGAAGGGUUUGAGCAUUUAACCCCAUGACUCCAUAUGGUAUUUCCUUGUGCUUUUGUAUGAUUACUUACUAUAUAUGAAGAUGUUGGCCUCUUGAUUUGGUAA